AAGGCAAAACGUUACGGACCAUCUCCGAAACACAACUAAGAAACAUAUAUUGUCUGAGUACUGGACUGAGACUAAGGCUUAGUCCUUCUGCAUAUUAUCAUUUCAUUCUGUCUUUUUGUAUGUAUAUAGACUUAUACUAAAAUUAAGUAUGUGCUACCACCCACCCCCUCCACCACUGUUAUUAUCGCUUCGUCAGCGGUCUGGCAACUCCGGCGAAUAACUGUUUAUAAAAAAGCAUCGAUCGCGGCCGAACAUAUUUUUGCGGAACCAAAUCAUCUCUUUUUGUGCUUAACAAUGCUGAAACGUGAUCUGCAAAGCAUAACACUUAAACUGUCCGAUCUCAAGGAGUACGACGCGAAGCGCCUUGAGCACAAAUGCAAGAACCAGCGCCCCAGACACUCUGUGGAAACCAUCACCGGGGACGACGCGUCCACGUCUGGCACGGCAACUUCCAGCUAUACAGCUGGCACGUGCACAGAGACGCCGUCCUCGGGCACACCCACUGGCUCGACCACUCCCACGUUGGCUACUCAGGAGGAUCUGGCUGAUCGUCCGCCCAGACCCACAUCUGUGGCAGCCACAGCCACAACAGCAACCACGAAUUCUGGCUCCACCGAUGAUGAUAUUAGCGUGGCGGCCGUCGCCGAUGACAACGACACCAUCGAUGAGUUCAGCGACGACAACUGGGUGGACUUGGAUGCGGACACUAACGAUGCGGACGAAGAGUGAGCAAGAGGAGGAGCCUAGCCUAGCAUGCGACGUGUAUCUUUUUUUUAUACUUAAAUGUCAAGUUUUGAAGAUGUAACAAAUAAUAAUUCCAAACUUCAAGAUCGA